UCAAAGUGAAAUCAACUCUGCCUUCAGCUGGCGGAUUUUGUUUAUAAAAUAAUUGUAGCAUAAACGUUUAGUUAAUAAUGUCGAAUGAUAAGCGCACCGUUUAUGUAGGUGGAUUAACCGACGAGGUUACGGAAAGAUUGUUGAACAAUGCGUUUAUACCGUUUGGUGAUAUAGCGGAUAUACAAAUGCCGGUGGAUUACGAGUCACAAAAACAUCGUGGAUUCGCAUUCAUUGAGUACGAGAAUUACGAAGAUGCCGCCUCUGCCAUUGAUAACAUGAACGACUCGGAGCUGUGUGGACGCACGAUCCGAGUGAACUUGGCCAAACCGGUGCGCGUCAAGGAAGACAGCUUCAAACCCGUGUGGGCAGAUGAUGACUGGCUGCAGAAGCACGCCGGUGCCACAUUACCAGCGGACGCGGAGGCAGAAGGGGAAAAGGAAAAAGUGGAAACACCAUCAACGGGACCAGCAGUAAUUGAGAAGUCAGAGAAGCGGAAUCCACAGGUGUUCUUUGAUAUACGAAUUGGUGGCAAUGAUGCCGGACGCAUUGUCAUGCUUCUGCGUGCCGACGUGGUGCCCAAGACCGCCGAGAACUUUCGCCAGCUGUGCACACACGAGCAGGGUUAUGGCUACAAGGGCUGCACCUUUCACCGCAUCAUUCCAGAAUUUAUGUGCCAAGGCGGAGACUUUACAAAUAACAACGGCACAGGUGGCAAAUCCAUCUAUGGAAAAAAGUUUGACGACGAGAACUUUAGCCUAAAACACAACAGUUUCGGUACUCUGUCCAUGGCAAAUUCAGGUUCCAACACGAAUGGCUCACAGUUCUUCAUAUGCACCACAAAAACCGACUGGUUGGACAACAAGCAUGUGGUCUUUGGACAUGUCAUCAGCGGCGCAGACGUUGUGCGAAAAAUGGAACGUUGCGGCAACAAAUCUGGAACCCCUUCACAAAAAAUCAUUAUUUAUGCUUGCGGCGAACUGAAAUAAAAUAAUUUUAAACCCAAAGUAAA